AUGGACGUAAAAGAAGAUCUAAAUAAAAAUAAAAAGAGCAAUGAUGAGAGCGACGCAUUGGAAGCUGUACUCAUGUAUAUCGGAGAGCUGGGACGAUACCAGAAACUAUUAUUCCUCGGGAUGGCCCCAUUCGGUGUUUUCUUCGCCUUCGUUUAUUUUGUACAGAUGUUCAUAACCGCGACCCCUCAGAGACAUUGGUGCAAAGUGCCUGAGUUACAGCAUUUGGAUGUAGAACUAAGGCGGAAUCUAACGACACCAACAAUUGGAGAUGAAUGGGAUAAAUGUGUUAUGUACAAUGCGAAUUGGAGUCAAGUAUUGAUGAACAACAGUGUACCGAGCGACUCACCCGUAGUUCCUUGUAAAAAUGGUUGGGAAUUCGAAUUGGGGGAUAUUCCCUAUGCAACGAUUGUUAGUGAGCGUGGCUGGGUGUGUGAAAAUGCAGAAUAUGCUCCCCACGCACAAACGAUAUUCUUCACCGGAUCUUUAACUGGCGGUAUCUUCUUCGGAUGGAUGGCAGACUACUAUGGCAGAGUGCCUGCUUUGGUUGGAACAAACUUGAUGGCGUUGGUUGGUGGUAUAGCCAGUAUAUACACGACGGGAUUUUGGGACUUCGCAUUUUGUAGGUUCAUAGUGGGCACUGCUUAUGAUAGCUGCUUUAUGGCUAUGUAUAUUUUAGUACUAGAAUAUGUAGGACCUCGAUACCGUACAUGGGUAGCAAACCUAUCCAUCGCUUUGUACUUUGGCGGUGGCUGUCUCAUGCUGCCGUGGUUGGCGCUCUGGAUGAGCGACUGGAGGAAACUGCUUUGGAUUACAACUUUGCCCAUACUUGUUGUUAUUGCUGUGCCUUUUACUGUCCCUGAAAGUGCUAGGUGGCUUUCAUCCCGCGGCAGAGUCAAUGAUGCAGUAAAAGUGUUGAGAAGAUUUGAAAAAGUCAAUGGCACUAACAUACCGGAAGACGUUAUGGAUGAUUUUAUUGUAUCGGCAAGCCGGACACGUCAAACUAAUGAGUCAAUAAAAGAUCUCUUCAUGAGUGCUCCCUUAAGAAAGAUGCUGAUAUUCAUGGUAAUAGUGUACAUGGCCUGUGCAGUCAUCUUUGACGGGCUCGUGAGGAUGUCUGAGGGUUUGGGGCUGGACUUCUUUAUCACCUUCACGCUGACCUCCGCGACUGAGAUACCUUCGGUCACGUUGUUGGCUUUUGUAUUGGACAAAUGGGGUCGAAGAGUGCUCACAUGUGGGCCGAUGGCUGUAUCGGGACUGUUAAUACUUAUUGCGACAGUUGUGCCCAGAGGUAUACCACAAGUAACGCUGGCAAUAUUCGCGCGGUUCAUGAUCAACAUGUCGUACAACGCCGCCAUCCAGUGGUCGGCGGAGCUGCUCCCGACGCCGGUGCGCGCGUCCGGCUCCUCGCUCAUACACGUCAGCGGGUACGUGUCCACGCUCGUGUCGCCGUAUAUCGUGUACUCGGAAAGAAUUUGGAAAAGAUUACCACUACUCAUAUUGGGACUAAUAGCACUAUUUGCGUGUACUGUGGGAAUUCUGCUGCCAGAGACAAAUGGAAGGCAGAUGCCACAAACCAUAGAGGAGGGCGAAAAAAUCGUCAACAGUCACACAUUAUGCGGAAAACCGGAAGAUGUAGAAGAAAAUUGCAUUCAGGAGAAUAAAAAAUCAUUAAUCACC